UUUUAUUUAGGAUAUAACUAAGCAUACAAAAGUAUAAAAAUGAGGCGACCGGAUAGUAAUGGACGUUCAUGUAGGAAACUGGCACUGUUUACCGCUGUUCUAAUCAACACAAUUUGUGUUUCAAAAAUGAUGAAUCGCAGUGCUUUUAUGUCACUUGUAGAUAAAGGAUUUCGUUUGACACAGUCUACGUUUUAUGAAAAAGAGGUGAAGAGUAUGCUCGAUUGUGCUCAGUUAUGUUUGAUACGAUGCUCGAAGUGCAAAUCUAUUAAUUUUAAUCAUGAGAAGAAAAUAUGUCAACUGAAUAACAUGACACGAAUAAAAAGUACGGAAAAGUUUAUCAAAGAUGAACAAUUUAAAUAUCUGGAACCGGUUCAGGUUCAAUUUAUAUCGCAAGAAAGUACUACCGACCAAACACUUGGGUUUCUCCCAUUCAGCGCUACAUUCACAAAUCUUGGUGCAAAUGGUCGUAAUGGUCCUGCAUCUCUUAGUGCAUAUUAUACUGGUCAAGAUCACGAGCACAUGGUUUCAGUUCAAAAUGGUAUCCAGUCCUGGACAGUACCGUACUCUGGUACAUACCAGAUAACAGCGGUGGGUGCUGCUGGGGGGUACGGUAAUAAGGGGACAGUGGCAAGAGGUCGAGGUUCGUACAUGCAAGGGGAUUUUGACUUCGCAAAGGGCGAUGUUAUUAAGCUUCUGGUCGGUCAGGCGGGUGUGGAGAACACUGGUCAGGCAAGCUCAGGAGGGGGAGGCGGAACGUUUGUAGCCACCGCAACAAAUCAGCCAUUGCUAGUCGCAGGUGGAGGAGGGGGCAUCGAAUCUCUCGAAAACCGUUUAGCAAAUUGCGAUGCAAAUACAGGAACAACAGGAAAAAAUAAUCAAUGUUAUACCGGGUGUGCAAAUUGGGCUGGAGGGGUUGGUGGAAAUGGUGCGACAGUAGCUGAUAAUUCGAACUCCGGGGGAGGCGGAGGAGGUUUUAACAGCAAUGGUCGUAGUAGCAAACAAUUUGGUGGUACAACUGGAAAUGGCGGAGAAGGCGGGAGGGGGUUUCAACAAGGAGGCAGAGGGGGAAGAUCUUGGUACAACAAUGGAGAAGGAGGAUUUGGAGGAGGUGGAGGUGCAUACGGACAGGGAGGGGGUGCUGGAGGUGGAGGAGGGUACUCAGGAGGGGCAUCAGGGGACAAUGUUUCAAAGUCUUGUGGUGGGGGUGGGGGAUCUUAUAAUGCCGGGAGGAAUCAAGUUAACCAAGCAGGCAAUAAUAACAGUGGUCACGGUUACAUUAAGAUUGUCAGAUUAAAUUAAAGAUAUGACAUAUAUGCUGGUCCAAUCACAAUAUCAAGAUUAAAUAUCUUUUCAAAAUUUAAGCAAGAAACUUCUUAAACUUAGUAGCAUAAUACUUUUGCAUUGACAAAUAUAUGACUUCAGCGAACUUCAGAUUAUAUCAUUACGGUUUUCCGUUUCCGAGCAAACAGUGGCGUAGCCAGCCUGACGAUUUUGUCCGGUAUGUAAAUUUCGAGUUAUUAUAA